UAUAUUUCCAUCGUUAAAGUGGUCACUCGGUUAUCUACUCAAAUAUAAUAGAUCAUCUUUGAUAGUGUUCGAUUUUUCAAGAUGUCGUCGCUGGAACAGAGACUCUCCAGAAUCGAGGAGAAACUAAAGCAAGAAAAUAAAGAWGCUCGUAGAAGAAUUGACCUCAAUAUCGACAUGAGUCCACAACGUUCACGUCCGAGGCCAAUCAUCGUGAUCCAGCUCAGUCCUGCUCCAGCUCCUUCCCAGCGUGCAGCUCUUCAGCUGCCCCUGGCCAACGACGGAGGGGGGAGUCGCUCCUCGUCCUCUGAGAGCUCACCCCAGCACCAUUCCUACCCCAGCCGCCCGCGACACAUGCUCAACCUGCCCACGCCACAGUACGGCCUGGUGAAGAGCCUGGAGAAUGCGGAGAUAGAYCAGAAGCUGCAGGAGAUCAUGAAACAGACAGGCUACCURAAGAUUGACGGCCAGCGGUACCCAGCCGAGGUCAGUGACCUGAUCAGCGAGGGGGAGAUCGGCAGCGGCACGUGCGGUCAGGUGUUCAAAGUGCGCUUCAAGAAGACGGGCCACGUCAUCGCCGUCAAACAAAUGCGCCGGACAGGAAACAAGGACGAGAACAAGAGGAUUCUGAUGGAUCUGGAUGUUGUGUUGAAGAGCCACGACUGCCCUUACAUCAUCCAGUGCUAUGGCGCCAUAGUUACCAACACGGAUGUGUUCAUCGCAAUGGAGCUGAUGGGGACGUGUGCUGAGAAACUCAAGAAGAGGAUCCAGGGGCCCAUCCCUGAACGCAUCCUGGGAAAGAUGACUGUGGCAAUAGUGUCGGCUCUACUGUACCUGAAGGAGAAGCACGGUGUGAUCCACCGGGACGUGAAGCCCUCCAACAUUCUGUUGGACAACAAGGGCCAGAUCAAGCUGUGUGACUUUGGCAUCAGUGGACGACUCGUCGACUCAAAGGCCAAGACCCGCAGCGCCGGCUGUGCUGCCUACAUGGCUCCUGAGAGAAUAGACCCCCCAGAUCCCAGCAAGCCUGACUAUGACAUCAGAGCAGAYGUCUGGAGCCUGGGCAUCUCUCUGGUGGAGCUGGCCACAGGACAGUUCCCCUAUAAGAACUGCAAGACCGACUUUGAGGUCCUGACCAAAGUGCUGCAGGAAGACCCUCCCUCGCUCCCCCUCAGCAUGGACUUCUCCCUCGACUUCCAGUCCUUCGUCAAAGACUGCCUUACAAAGGAUCACAGAAAAAGGCCAAAAUACCACAAGCUGCUCGAGCACAGUUUCAUUCGGCGCUAUGAGGUGCUGGUGGUGGACGUUGCGGGCUGGUUCCAGGCGGUGAUGGAGCGCACUGAGUCGCCGCGCAGCAGCCAAUGUUACAGCCAGCACCAGCUCCAUUCGCUCUUCAGCAGGUAGCCCMCAGCUACUGGCCCUGCCCCGGAGCCACUGGAGCCUGCAGCCGGGAGACCCCGGAGAGGGACGGAGAGACAGAGUAGGCCUAUAACCCUAGACAGACAGACUGGCUCGGUGAAUUGAUUGAUUGAGUCUGGUUGAUUGACUGAUUGAGUCUGGAUCAGGACAGACAGACACGCGGGAGAGUAGAGCUUCACACUGUAGUUAGGCGUCAUCAGAAGUCAUAUCAGCACAUGUACGUUAUUAUCGUGAACACAUCGGCACAUACUGUAGGUUACUCUAAUGCAUGCUCACUUUUCCAUCCAUUAGAUACUGACGUACUGUAGUGAUACCGUAAAUGCAUUUACGUGGUUAAACACAUACAGAAAUACUACUCACUAGUCAUAUCUCACGCGCCUGUAUAAUCUUGUUCAGCUCCAGCUCAGGCCAUAGUCAUAGCUACGGGGUCUGACAACAGAGUAGUCGAUACACACUGGAGCUAAUUUCUGCUACRUCAUGUAGUGUUAAGACAAUGUAAAAGUCCCUACGGCAAGCCCAGAGGCCCAGUUUAAUUCGCAGUGAUGGCUAGGCUCAGAAGUGGAAGGUUCAGUGCAAUAUUCAGCCGGGUGUUUUAUUUCUAUACUUACUCUUCAACAGGUUGUGUAUGAGUGUGUGUACUAAGACACAAGUGUACGCUCACUAUUAUGGAUGGCAAAUAGCUGUCCCACUGUAGCUCUAACAGACCAACUAGACCCGCUGUAUU